UUUAUCUCACAAGCUCUCACUUCUCCAGAGUCGUCUAUACACACUCUCAUUAUAAAACACGAGACACCAGAUAUUCUCUCAAAGAUUUUUUUCCGUCCUUUUUUCUCGAGAACCAAUCAACUUUUUCCCAAGAAAAUGAUGAAGAGCUGCCGUUUCUUAACCGAGAAGCCGCUGUUCCUCGGCAUCGCACUCGUCGGUCUUAUCGGCGGUGUGACGCUCAUCUCCAGCUUCCUCCGCGCCGCCGACACCUCCAUCCUCUGCUCCCUGUCCAAACCCACCGCCGACAAAGGCUCAGCGACGCCGAUCCAGCUCAAAGCCAUCCUCCACUACGCCACCUCCCACGACGUACCGCAGCAAUCCCUCGGCGAGAUCUCCGUCACCUACGACGUCCUCCGAUCUCUCUCUCCCUGCAACUUCCUCGUCUUCGGUCUCGGCCUGGACUCCCUCAUGUGGGCCUCACUCAACCCCGGUGGGACCACUCUCUUCCUCGAAGAAGACCCGAAAUGGUUCGAGACGGUGACCCAAAAAGCCCCGUACCUGAAGGCCCACGCCGUCAAGUACAGGACCAGGCUCGACGAGGCCGACAAUCUGCUCCGAUCAUACCGGUCGGAGCCGGAGUGCUCGCCGGCGAAAUCGUACAUAAAAGGGAACGACCGGUGCAAGUUGGCGCUGACCGGUCUUCCCAGCGAGGUGUACGACAAGGAGUGGGACUUGAUCAUGAUCGACGCGCCGAAAGGGUACUUCGCGGCGGCGCCGGGGAGGAUGGCGGCGAUCUACUCGGCGGCGGUGAUGGCGAGGAACAGGAAGCGAUCGGGUGUGACGCAUGUGUUCCUGCACGACGUUGACCGGAGGGUGGAGAAAGCCUUCGCGGAGGAGUUCCUGUGCAGGAAGAAUUUGGUGAAGGGUGUGGGGAGGCUGUGGCACUUCGAGCUGCCUUGCGCCGCUAACGUGAGCCGGGCGAGUGCUGGGUCCCGAUUCUGCUAGAUUGAGCCGUGGUGUGUAUUGUUGUAGUAGGCUGCGCUACACUUUGGGUGGAGGAUAUUAUUUUUAAUCUUUUCUUGAUUUUUCUGAUGGAGGGUUUCUUGACCCAGAUCCAGAUCGAGAGACUUUCAGUGUGGACUAGUGUCCCCCACUACGAGAUUUCACUAGUAUCUAACGUGAGCCGCCGAGUUUUGCUAGAAUGAGCCGUGGUGCACCAAGCUUAAUGUGGUUGCACUAAUUACUACUACAUUAUUAUUAAUACUAAUAUUAUUAUUACAUGAAAUUAUUCUAGUGACGGAAGGUGGGUGUCUUUUGGAGUCAGAGAUCUUUAGGUAAGGAAAAUAUAUUUUCUUUUUUUUGGAAUUUUUAUACAUGUUGUAUUUUCAAAAAUAUUACUAGUUAGAAUAUAAAUGGUUGUGUUUGUUACCUA